CAACGUCGAAGCAAGAGGUCGUCCGACUAACUGGGAAAGCUGCCAGGUGAUUACCUACUGUUUGAAGACAGGGUGCCAGGAAAACAUGGCUCUGGCAGGGGUGCGGGUUAUUGAGCUUGCAGGCUUGGCACCAGCUCCAUUCUGCGGAAUGAUACUGGCAGACUUUGGGGCCCGGGUGAUCCGUGUGGACAGGACAAAGGUUGCCAUGGCGAUGGACACGCAGGCUCGAGGCAAGCAAUCUGUGGCAUUGAACCUGAAGAAGCCACAAGGUGUGGCUGUGCUCAAGAAGCUCUGUGUCCAGUCUGACGUUGUCAUCGAGCCCUUCCGUAAAGGAGUUAUGGAGAAGCUAGGCCUCGGCCCAGAGGAACUGCUGAAAGAGAAUCCUCGUCUCAUCUAUGCCCGCCUGACAGGUUUUGGACAGACCGGAUCCUAUGCUCAGUCUGCAGGGCAUGACAUCAACUACCUGGCCAUCUCAGGCUUGCUGUCCAUGCUAGGCAGGAGUUCAGAGAAACCAUAUGCUCCGCUGAACCUGGUAGCAGACUUUGCUGGGGGUGGACUCAUGUGUGCCAUGGGUAUUGUACUGGCCCUGCUGGAGCGGACCAGGUCAGGGAAGGGCCAGGUUAUUGACUCCAGCAUGGUGGAGGGUGCAGCGUAUGUCGGCUCUUUCAUGUGGAAGUCCCGGAACAUCGGCCUGUGGAACCGGCCACGUGGUGAGAACUUGCUGGACAGCGGAGCCCCGUUCUACGACACCUAUCAGACCUCCGACGGGAAGCACAUGGCAGUGGGGGCCCUCGAGCCCCAGUUCUACGACCAGUUCGUUAAAGGGCUGGGUUUGGAUCCUUCUGACCUGCCUCCCCAGAUGAGCUUUUCUGAUUGGCCAGAGCUGAAACGUAUUUUCACCAGGACAUUUGCCACCAAGACACAGGCAGAGUGGAGCCGUAUCUUUGAUGGGACGGACGCCUGUGUGACCCCUGUGCUUCCAUUAGAUGAGGUCCAGUCCCACCCCCACAAUAAGGAGAGGGGCUCAUUCCUCAAGGACGCCCAGGGAGAGGUGAGCCCACGCCCUGCCCCUGUCCUGUCACGCACUCCUGCAGACCCCUGCCUGUCCCGUGACCCCAUCAUAGGGGAGCAUACAUGCUCAGUGUUGGAGGAAUUCGGAUACGGAGCUGAUGAAAUUGAACAGCUGCUGUCCAGCGGGGCUGUGGAGUGUAACAAAUUCAAGUCACGGAUGUAGGAGGGGAGGGUUUGGUUGGACACGGCAAACUUUGAAGUGGUGCACUCAAUUGCUGAUGGUCAGGAUGAGACGCCCUGAGACAGGAAAGUGUCGCAGGGAUCAUCUGGCUCCUGAGUUUUGAAUUACUG